AUGCGAGAAGCAGCGUGGCGCCCAGGACGAGCGACCUCAGCAGUGUCUGCCCGCAGGUACCUGGGCCAGCUGGACGACGGCGAGUUCGAGGGGGCCCUGCAGGAGCUGCGGCUGACCCGCAGCAUCUGGACCAUUGACCUGGCCUACCUGAUGCGCCACUUCGGGGUGCGGCACCGCUUCUGCACCCAGACCCUGGGGGUGGACAAGGGCUACAAAAACCAGUCCUUCUACAGGAAGCACUUCGACACCGAGGAGACACGCGUCAACGAGCUGUUCGCACAGGCCCAGGCCUGCAAGGUGCUGGUGGAGAAAUGCUCUGUGAGCAUCCAGGACAUCCAGGCGCACCUGGCGCAGGGCCACGUGGCCAUCGUGCUGGUGAACUCGGGGGACUACCAGGGCCACUUCAUCGUGCUGCGCGGCUACAGCCGGGCCACGGGCUCCAUCUUCUACAACAACCCGGCCUUCGCCGACCGCAUGUGCAGCACCAGCGUCAGUAACUUCGAGGAGGCCAGGACCAGCUACGGCACGGACGAGGACAUCCUCUUUGUCUACGUGGACAGCUGACGGCGGAGCCGGGGCGCCCGGCCCUGCCCCGGCUGCUGGGGCUCGCAGACAGAGCGAGGGCCUCAGCCCGUGGGACAAAGCCCCAGGGAAUUCUGGGAGGUC